AUGGGUCUGCGCGCCUUGCUUCUGCAACCAAGAUCCAGGCAGAAAGACAAUGAGCUUGGGAGAAAGCCUGAAGAUAUACCCGUUGCGAGCAGACAUCAAGGUGCUUCUGGCUCUCCCUCGGCAGAGGCCGAGACUCCGAUGGAAAGACAGGUCCGAGAUGCCUUGAAACCCCAUUUGUCCACGCUGCAGGAGGCGGUCCUGCACGAGUUGGAGGGAGCUGUGGAGCGGCUGACAAAGGUUCAGAUUUGCGCGGACCUAACAUCAGCUCCGGGCAACUUCAAGCGCGCCGUGUCUGCAGAAGGCUGCCCCGACAAAGACACGAAUGGAAAGGCUGUCGAAUCCCAGUGGCGGGUCCGACGCUCUGACAAGAGGCGAUGGACUACAUCAAUGGGCAGCAUCGGAGGAGCGCUGACACCGGCCUACCUGGUAUCCCAUUUAGAGGACGGCGACACGCCGGCAACUUCCACAGUGGUCAGUGCAGCGGCAAGUGAGGUGGCCAGCGACUCCGAAACUUCUGUCUCCUUACGACCUUCCCUAAGGGAUGGCAAGGAGAUCUCCAAACGCAAAACCACCCGAAUCACAUUUGAAGGGCUUGAGCAGCUCAAGACUUUAGACAGACCCGAAGAAAGCGAUGAAGAAGCUGAGGACGAGGAUGCGCGGAAAAGAGCCGGUAGCGACACGUCGUCUAUUGGAAAGAAGAGUGAUGCAUCCUCAAUGAAUUGGCGGGCUGACGCUUUGGACGUGGGCGAGAACUUGGCAGCUGAGGCGGCUGCAAAAAAGGGCCACACGUCCGUGGACUCCAUCGUCGCUUUGGUGCAGGCCGAGAGAGAACGAUGGGAAGAGGAGAGACAGGCGCUGGAAGUCCGUGUCGAAGAGUUGCAGGAGCAGCUGCGGUCCAUGCAGGCAGCGCACAGCCCGGAUGCUGAGAAGCAGGCUUUGAAAAGAGAGCAUCAGGAACUGCGCAAGGUCAUCAAAGCACGAAGCAGAUUUGGCGCGUGGGUGUGUGAGCGACACAUGAUGGAAAGUGAUGACGAGGAGACCGAUGCAGAGAAGGAGGAACUGCGGCGGCGGAUUUCGGAGCUCUCCGUGAAGCUUCGGGCAGCCUGGACCUCAGCAGACAUGAUUGCAAGAUGGUAUCUGUUCAUCGAUGUAGUUGGGAGCAACAGCGAGGCCAAAGUGGCUGCUGGUGCAGCUUCCAGCGAGUCCGACGUCCCCUGGACCCAUAAUUCGGCGGAGGCAUUGAUCUGGAUCAGGUUUGGCUCUGCGGAUUUGAUUGACAUCAGCCUGGCAGUUGAUGAUGCGGCAUGCGCUUUCAAGCUUGAGCUUUAUCAAAUUACUUGUUGCGGUUCGGUUGAGAUGCACGAGGGGUCGAUAAGUUAUGCUGUCUGGCGCAUUGCUCAUUGA